AUGUCUUCAGCGCUUCCCUCAGAUGAAGUGGCAGAGGACUACAAAAACUCUCUGGAAGAUCUAACGACCAAUGACAGAUUCCAGAUCAGCAAUUUGACUGUUAUCGCUAAGGAGAAUACAGAACAUGCCAUGGCAAUUUCGCGCGUUCUGGAGAACCAUAUUCGAUCUACCCCCCCUGCGCACAAACUGCCAGCUCUUUAUGUAGUCGACAGCGUGGUGAAAAAUGUCGGAACACCCUACACGUUAUUCUUGGGCCGGAAUCUGUAUCAGACGUUCAUGAAUGCAUAUACGUUGGUUGAUCAGCAGACGAGGAGAAAGCUUGAUGAGAUGCUGAGGACGUGGAAAGAACCCGUGCCUGGAUCUUUGGACCCCCGGCCUGUGUUUCCGGUAGAGGUUACGAGGAGUAUUGAGAACGCUCUGAUCAAGGCAAGAACCGCUGCUCUCCAGCAACAACGUCAGCCUCCGGAUGUCCUUCGUGGCCGUGGUUCUGCGACGCCUCCAGGUUGGAAGCAUACUCCAACGCCACCACAGAACGCCGGUCCUCGUCCAGCGCCGUAUGGAGUGAAUGGGAAUCCUCAAGCACAAGCACCCGGAGAACCAUACACAGGCAGGCAGUCCCAUACACCUCAACCAUCACAGGAGGUAGACUUGGGCGCAUUGCACCGGGAUAUUGAAGGAUUGAUUAUGAACGCUCGGUCCGAUUUCGCCAACAAUCCUCUGGAUUUUGCGAUUCAGCAGCGGCUCAAGGCUUUGCUGGAUCUUCAAGGAAUCCUGCAGCGCCAGCAACUGCCUCAGGAGCAGCUAAAGCUUGUUCGAGAUCAAGUAUCAGCUCUGGCACCAGCACCAAAACCAGCAUCGCAACCGUUGGCAAACUUCCCUCAGACACUCCCUGCUUAUCCACCUCCGGCAGCUCCAACGCCGCCUUCACAGGCUGUGCAACAGGCUUUGUCUCAGCCGAACCUCGCGGCACUGCUCAACCCUACAACUCUUGCAAGUCUGAUCAAGACAACAGCAAACCGCCAACAGGCUACUCCACCGCCAGCUGCCGCCAAUAUCCUUUCCCAGGUUCAGCCGGCCAGCACACCACAGCCAUCUGCAACACCCAUUGCAUCCGAAAAUCCCCUUAUUGCGUCUUUGAGAGCGCGAGGCCUUCUUCCUGCUUCCGGCACGCCACCUACAGCUACACCCACCGGUCUCCCUUUUAUUAUCCCUGGCCAAGUUGGAUUUACUCCUCCGGCACCUACACCGCAAGGCUCGACUGACGUCAGUAUCCAUGUGCAUUUAAGUACAGCGUCUAUAAAAAUACCGCGACCAGUGUUACUCAACAGUUUAUACGAUGCAAAGAGUAACAAGUGCGGCACUUGUGGCCGGCGGUUCUCUACCAGCGAGGAAGCCAAGCAGAAAAAGGCUCGUCAUCUAGACUGGCACUUUAAGACAAACCAACGUAUGGCCGAUGCAGCAAAACGUGGACAGAACCGGAGUUGGUAUGUCGAUGAAAGGGACUGGAUUAAAUCCAGAGAGUACGACGACGCCAGCGAUCUGGCUGGCGACGGACCAGGUGGCAGCAGCGCAGCGGCCGAGGAAGAAGCAGCAAAGAAGCAGCCACAGAAACAGUGGCUUCGCGCGCCCAACGAUGUGGCACUACGAAACGCACCGUGCCCCAUUUGCCAGGAAAAGUUUGAGUCGACGUGGUCCGAAGACGUGCAGGACUGGAUCUGGCAAGAUGCGCUGAAAGUGGGAAAUCGGGUGUAUCAUGCUAGUUGUUACGCCGAAGUGACCAAGGAAGCACCGGCUGCUGCUGCUGGGCGAACCGGCACUCCUGAUUCUGUAUUGGGGAAGCGCAAAGCUGAUGAUAACGAUUCACCCGAGCAGAAAGUGCGGAUCAAGACAGAGCCAUCGUGA